AUUCAUUUCCUGUUAACCACGGUUUCUUCUCUCCAGUUCCAAGUCGGCGGCAACAGAGGCUGGGCCCCACCGCCGCCCGGCGACAACAGCAGCAGCAGCCCCACCGGGUCCAACUCCUACUACAAUCAAUGGGCUACACACAACAGGUUCCACGUCGGCGACUCACUCAAUUUCGUUUACCGAAGCAAUGAAUCCGACUCGGUGCUGCUAGUCAACUCCACCGCGUAUUCCAACUGCACUGUUUCCGACCCAAUUCUCCGAUUGAACGACGGCGGCGGCAGAGGAAACGCCACAUUCCAGUUUGAUCGCCCGGGGAUGUUCUACUUCAUCAGCGGCCAGGCCGAGAGCUGCAUUGCCGGCCAGAAGCUAGUGGUUCGGGUCAUGACAGACAAAGACAAGGACGAAGAAGGACAGCAUGAUUAUGGGCCGAGCCAGGCGCCAGGUGGGAACAACGGCGAUCUGGUCUGGGACUGGCCGCCGGCGGUGAAUUCAACCGUCAAGAUGACCAUCGCCUCUUACUUCAUCACUGCUCUCGCUGGCGUCCUAGUUAUCCUCUACUUGCUGAUGUAG